AUGGCUCCUACUUUCAACGUUACAGACAUUGCUGAGUCUUCAUGGUCCAAAGAGGUGGCAACCCUGACCGUAACCGACGACCCUGCGUUGAAACUCGAUCAACUACCGGUCAUUGACGCGGUUUUGUUGAGUCAUGAGGAUCACUUCGAUAAUUUGGACGAUUUCGGCCGCCAACUCCUACAUGGACGCCUCGUGUUCACAACAAUGGAUGGCGCGAAGAACCUGGCCCCGCGGCCUGCAGCCCAAGGAAUGAAGCCCUGGGAGACGAUUGAGACCACGAUCGCGGGAAAGAAAUUCACAUUGAUUGCUACCCCGACUCAGCACAUCCCUGGAAACGAAUGCACGGGAUUCAUCGUCACCGGAGAAGACUUCGGAUAUAGCCGAGACGGUCUGCUUAACGCGAUUUACUUCACUGGUGACACAGUCUAUAUUGAGGAGCUCAAAGAGAUUAGAAACCGAUACCACAUCAAGGCGGCUGUGAUGAACCUGGGCAAUGCUCAUGCACCCAACUUUGCUGAUCUAAGUGCUCCUCAAAUCCAAAUCACUAUGGACGGCAAGUCUGCCGCUAGACUGUUCCGCGAAAUCAAAGCUGAUGUUUUGGUCCCAAUGCAUUACGAAUCUUGGGGUCACUUCACUCAGUUUGGAGCUGAGUUGCGCCAGGUUUUCAAGGAGGAAGCAAUUAGUGAUAAGAUUUGUUGGCUCAAGGGAGGGGAGAAGAUUUCGGUUUUUUGA